AUGAGUGUCACACUUUAGCAACCAGUUGCUUCCAAAUCAGAUGAUAGAAAAUACAAAUUAAUUAAGUUACCAGUUAAUGAUAUUGAAAUUUUAUUAAUUUCAGAUCCUACUACUGAUAAGAGCUCAGCAGCAGUAAAUGUAAAUGCUGGCCAACUUUAAGAUCCAAUUGAAAGAUAGGGCCUUGCUCAUUUCUUAGAACACAUGCUCUUUUUAGGUACUAAGAAGUAUCCAGAUGCUUCACAAUUCGAUUAGCAUUUAAAUCAAUAUUCAGGAUAUUCUAAUGCAUUCACAGCUUUAGAUUAAACUAACUACUUCUUCCAUUGCUCUAAUGCAGGAUUUAAAGAAGCUCUUGAUAGAUUUGCAUGGUUCUUCAUUGAGCCACUAUUUACUAAGGAGUUGACAUCUAGAGAAAUGAAUGCAGUAAAUAGCGAAAAUUAAAAAAAUUUGUAAUAAGAUCUAUGGAGGGAAUAUCAAUUAAAUAGAUCCACAAGUAAAGAAGGAAAUCCUUUUAAUAAAUUUGGAACAGGUAAUCUCGAGACUUUGAAUUUUGAAUCAACUCGUGAAGAUCUAAUUAAGUUCUACAAUUAAUACUACUCUUCAAACCUUACUAAAGUUGUCAUUCUUUCAAAUGAAACUUUGGAGGAACUUGAAACUUAGGCUGUAGAACUAUUUUCUUAAAUACCUAACCGUAAAUUACCAAAACCUGUUUACAAAGAAAGCCCUUUCGAUUCAACUAAUCUUAAAAAGUUCUUAAAAAUAGUUCCUUGCAAAUAAGAAAAAAGAUUAAAAUUCUCUUGGGUUUUGCCAAAUUAUGAAAAGAAUUACAGAAAAAAUCCAACUAAAUUGUUCAGCUAUCUUUACGGACAUGAAGGAGAACACAGUUUAUUAAGUGCUCUCAUGGAUGCCGGAUAUGCUGAGGCCUUGAGAUCAAGUGAAAGUUAAAUCAUGGGAUUAUUUUCUUAGCUCUCUGUGACAGUUGUUUUAACUGAACAAGGUUUUGAAAAUUAUGAAAAAGUAAUUAAUUUUGUUUCUGCCUACACUAAGAUGCUCAAAGAAAAGGCCAAUUAACAAUGGGUUUAUGAUGAAUUCAAGAAUAUUUCAUAGUUGAAAUUUGACUUUAAAGAUAAAGAAGAACCUAUUGAUUAUACAUAUGAAAUUGCUACUGCCAUGCAAGAGUGUGAGUAUAUUGAUAUUUUGAGAACAGACAACGCUCCAGAGCCUUAUGAUAAAGACUUAUUAUAGAGUGCUCUCGAUGCUUUAAUAGUAGACAAUUUAAGGAUUACUUUAAUAUCUCCAACUUUAACCGAAGAGUGUAAUUUAACAGAAAAGUACUAUUAAACUAAAUAUUCAAUUGAACCUAUCUCUGAAUCUAUUAUCAAAGCCUUUGAAAAUCCAUAAAUACCUCAUGAUAGCAAGAAAAUGGAUUUACCUCCUAAGAAUACAUUACUUCCCUAAAAAUUCGAUUUAUUUACAAGUGAAACUGAUGCUCCUCCUAAGGAUCUUUUAAAUAACGAAUUUAUCGAACUUUGGUAUAAAUAAGAUAGCUAAUUUAAGAUUCCUAAGGUUACAUUGAAGUUACGUUUUAAAAACAAUGACUGUGGUCUUGGAUUGACUGCAAGAGCUGAAGUCUAAACUAAAUUAUGGACUAAUUUAUUCAAUGAAUUUACUAGAGAAUUAAGAUAUUAAGCAGAGAUGGCAUUACUUGACUCUAAUUUAGAAUUUAAAUAAGAAUUAACUUUAACAGUAGACGGUUUUAGUGAUUCUAUUACUAAUUUUAUGGAACUUUACUUACAAAAAUUAGUCGAAUUUGAUGUAUCCAAAUUAUAAAAAGAGUUCUAGAUUUAGCUUAAUAAGCUCUAAAAAGAUUUGAAAAAUUUCUUUAAACAACCACCUUAUCAGCAAGGAAAUACAUAUAAUGAAUAUUUCCUCUAAACCAGAACUUUUUCUCCCAAGCAAUUAUAAGAAGAGUCUCUUAAUAUCCAAUUUGAUACCUUUGUUGAAUUCAGUACCAAUUUCUUGAAAGCACUUAGACUCGAACUCUUAAUCGGUGGAAGUUUAACUUCCGAGUCUGCUCUAAAUAUAGGCAAUAUUUGCACUGCUCACAUUUUUGAGAAAAGAGGAGCAAAGCCUGUUAAAAAGUCCGACUUAAUAGACAGAAGAGUAAUCUAACCUGCAGUUGACCAAGUAUAUGUUUAUACAGAGACUCUAGGAGAAGAAGAAACAAAUAACUAUAUCUGUGCUAAUUACGAAGAUGGAGAAAGUGUCUCAGUAAGAAGCAGGGUAAUAAUGGAAUUACUAGGAAAUGUUUUUUCAGAAUCUUUCUUUACUUAAUUAAGAACUAACGAGUGUCUUGGAUAUAUUUGCUGGUCCAGAACAAAUGCCAUCAGAGGUGUUGGAUUUGUUAGAUUCAUAAUCUAAUCAGAUGUUCAACCUCCUUAGUAUCUUGCAUCUCGUAUUCAUAGCUUCUUAUAAUAAUAGAAAAUUAGAUUAGAAGAACUCACUUCAGAAUAGUUUGAAAAAAUUAGAGCUGCUGUAGAGGUAGAUAUUAGAGAAAAAGACUUUAGCAUCAAAAAACAAACAGAAAGAUACUUUGAAUAUAUUGUUUAGCAUCACUAUACUUUUGACUUGAAGGAAAAAAUGAUUGAAGAGCUCAAGAAAAUCAAAUUAGCUGAUUUAGUACAAGCCUUUAAAAAGAUUUUCUUCACAAACAAAAGAUGCAGCUAACUUCAUUUAGUCAGUCCUAAGCACGUUGAGCAAAAUGCCCUUUAUAUGAAAGUAACCUAGCCUUAUAGUGGAUUUGAAAAUAUCACUAACCCUGAAAGUAUUAAGUUUAAGUGCUCUCUUCACCCAGACUACUAUACCUAUAAAAUAUGA